AGUGUUGUGUUAGUUGAACAAUGGUUAUCAAUGUAGUAGGUCUGUAAAAAAAUGGAAACGCUAAAACAGCAAUAAAUAAAAAUAAAGCAAAUAUUGAAAACAGCGAGGAAGAAGAAGGAGUAAAAUUAAGGAAACAAGAAGAUUUUGCUAUAAAUAAGAUUAUAGAAGUUAAUUUAGAAGUUGUUUUAGAAGAAGCAAAUCAUUCUGACGUAGUGAAUAUUGAAAAACAUGGCGGCAAUUAUAGGAAGUGCGUGGCGAGGAUAUCAAAUUUUAUUUGAUGAAUUAGCUGAUCCCAGGACAAAAGACUGGCUAUUUGUAGGAAAACCGUACCAAGUCUUAACAUUACUUGCUCUGUACCUGACAUUUAUACUGAAAUGGGGACCAAAUUACAUGAAGAACCGUCAACCUUUCAAUUUAGAUAAAAUUCUUAUAGUGUAUAACACAUUUCAAGUGAUAGCUUGUGCGUAUAUAUUUGUGGAAGCUAUUGUCGUUGCGUGGGGAUGGGAUUACAAAUGGUUUUGUGAACCAGUUGACUACUCUGAUAACCCAAAAGCUCUGGCAAUCGCAAAACUGUGCUAUUUGUACUUCACACUCAAAGUCAUUGAUCUUCUCGAUACCGUUUUCUUCGUGCUACGAAAGAAGUUUAACCAAGUAUCGUUCUUACACAUCUACCAUCACUCAGGAAUGGUUAUGUUGAUAUGGGGUGCGGUCACUUAUUUACCAGGUGGUCACGGAACUCUGAUAGGAGUGAUCAACUCAUUUGUUCACGUUGUGAUGUAUACCUACUAUCUGCUGUCCGUAGCGGUCCCCAGUGUCAAGAAUGCCUUAUGGAUCAAGAAACACGUUACUCAGUUGCAAAUUCUACAAUUUUUCUGGUGCGUAGUACACAUGGCAGUAAUAGUUUUCAAGACAGAUUGCGAAUUCCCUCGUUGGACCAGCGCCCUAUUUUUACCACAAAACUUGUUCAUGUUAGUCCUUUUUACCGAUUUCUACAUUAAAACUUAUAUUAAGAAGCCCAAACAACAGUUGAAGGAACAAACAAAUAGCAAUGGCAAUUCGAAAAAUGGAGGUGCCAAAACGAAGAUUGAAAAUGGUGUUAAAGAAUUAAAUGGUAGCAAAAUGUAUGUAAAAAAUAAUUUAAGUAACGGUAAUGGUGUUUCACAUACAAACAAUGAUAAUAAGUAUAAACAGUAUGGCAAAGGCGAGUAAUAAGAUGUAUAUACAUUUAUUAAUGACAUAGAUUACCUAUUUUACAUUAAAGUAGAUUAAGAAAUAAACAAGUACCAUACUCCUUAUGUUAAUAUACAGCUGUUUUAGU